AUGCCUCGGCCGACGACGGACAGGGUCAUCCACGACUACACCGCAAAGAUCCUCCCCGCGACAAUGAUCCUCACCCUCGUCAUCUUCACCGUCGUCGUCCUAGUCUACAGCAUUGGUGAAAAGGCCGCCGUGCCCCGGGACGCCGCCGUCGCUUUCGCCGGCAUCGUCUUUGGCUUCUCGGGGUUGUGGCUGUUGGGACACCUCGUCAUGUACUGCCGCGGCGCGCAGGCCGUCUCGCCUCCGCCUCUGGCUUUGCCUCUGCCUCUAACGGGAAUUGCGACUGGGAUCGGUGACACAGCGAUGGCUGUCCCUCAGGUCCCGCGGGCGGCUGUUGAAGUGGUUGUGCCUCCCACGGUUCAUCUCCACCACCACCAGCAACAGCAGCAUCAACGGGUUUAUCAGCCGCCGCAAGGUUUCCCCCCUCAACUUCAACCUCACUCACAACCGCAGGAUCAGUCUCACCGGCAGGUACUACCACCGCAGCAAAAAAAGCAGCACCAGCAACAGCGGGACCACCAACAGCACAAACCACAACAGCGCGAGCAACAGCAACACAGGGGCCAGGAGCGAGAGCAACAAGCAGAAGCCGAAGGGCCGGUACAAUUAGGCCGGGAGGAACAGAGAGAGCAUGAGUCCCGUCGGAGACUAACAGACCAUGAACCAUACAUCAAAGAGCCGCCUUAUCCCGAGUCACCCCUUGGAGCAUAUCAAGGGGGGUCGCAGGAAGAACCAAAGAAGCCAGCGCAGCAACAACAAGAUCAGCGGAGGCAACAACAGGUAGAGCAGCAGCAGCCGAAGCAAGGACGUGAGAUCUCCGGGCCUCUCGAGAACGUAUGGCAGAAACGACCAAGCGCCCCCGAGAACCAGCCUGCUCCCGUAACGGUCCCCGGCCCUGUCCAGCAAAGACAGCAGCCAAAGGGACCCAGGACUAUGACGGGGAAACCACCCGAACCUCCUGAGCGCGUAUCCAGCCUCCAGAAGUCGUUACCCGGAACGUCGUCCCGAAGACAUCGCAGCUCGAGCUUGAGUAGCUCGCGGGUUAACCGGCCUGGCCAGCUAUCGAGGGGAGCAUCGAAUAUUCCAAGACCUUCUCGGGGUGGACGUCCAGAAGACACUCCCAGCGCUCCUUAUGAACGAGGCCGUCCACGGGUAGAUCGCAGUCGUCCAGUCCAAAACCAAGACAUCGAACCAGAACCCAGGUCUGCUUCGAUCAGAUCGACGAGUUUGGACUCCGCUACGCAGGCAUCUUUGAAGGUGAAUGCGGCCCCUGAAACUUGUGAGAGUCCUUGGAGGGCUGACUCAGACCAGCCCGCCCCCUUGAACAUCGCGAAAGAGUCACCAUCCAACCUUGGGAGGCCGAUUGAAGAACCAAGAGUCAUCAGUGGCCGCGCCUCUCUUUCAAGUCGACGAUCCGACCAGCUUGAAUCUGGCCCCCGGAGUCGAGGAGCGCAAGGCCAGACCGUUGCCAAAAACAGGGCACCAACUAUUCGCGAGGUGCCUCCAACGCCACCGAACGAGUUCGCAGCUCCCGUUCAGCCCGCUCAAGACGAGGUACGUGAUCGAUCCGUCCCUUCUUCUGUAGCCUCUUCUUCAUCUUGGUCGCCUUCUCUUCCCCCUUCUCGUACCCCGCCAGCGCGCAGACCUCCUCCGUUGGAUUUUGACGACAUGGGCAUCAUCCCGACACGCGAAUCGACAGUACGUGAGGACAUCCGCCAAUCUAUGUCCGACCUUGGGAAAUCCAUACGUCGUUCUUUCACUAAUUUUCGUGUCAGCAAUUCUGAUAGCCAUGGGAAGCCUCGUAGUAUCAUGACGGGCUUUCAGACCAAUGUCGUCUUCAUGCCAGACUACAACUUUACGGCCACUGAGCUUCUUAAUCCCAUAUGUCACGAGAAUGGAAGUUUUCCUUUCCUGGGUUCGGAUGACGCGGGGCAGUGGCUUAUCAAGCUUGUAGAGCUGGCCGAAUCAUCUAAUGAGGCCGAGGGUGAUAUUUUGGAAUAG